GGGGGGGGGGGGGGAUAAGAACUGCACCGCGCGGGACAAGUCGCCGGCGGCGCCUGACGGACGGAGCAGCCCUGACUGGCCUGGAACUCACUACGUAGACCAGGAUGGCCUCCACUUACAGAGAUCCACCUGCUUUUGUGUGCUGAGUGCUGGGAUUAAAGAAGACACAGCAUGGCGUUGGAGAGGAUCGUCAGUUCAGCCCUCCUUGCCUUCGUUCAGACACACCUUCCAGAGGCAGACCUCAGUGGCUUGGAUGAGGUCAUCUUUUCCUACGUGCUUGGGGUCCUGGAGGACCUCGGCCCCUCGGGGCCAUCAGAGGAGAACUUUGAUAUGGAGGCCUUCAUUGAGAUGAUGGAGGCUUAUGUGCCUGGCUUUGCCCACAUCCCCAGGAGUAUAGUCGGAGACAUGAUACAGAAGCUCUCGGUGCAGCUGAGCGGUGCUAGGAACAAAGAGAACCUGCACCCACAGAGCUCCUGUGUCCAAGGUCAGGUGCCCAUUUUUCCAGAGACCCCGAGGCAACCUGAAAAACUCAAAGAAGAGAGCAGGCCUCCUGCUGCUACAGGGCCCCCCGAUGAGGCAGCUGCUGCUCAGGAAGACCGUCCAGGAGUAGAUGUGCUCUUGGAGAUAUUCCCUACCUGUUCUAUGGAGCAGGCCCAGUGGGUGCUGGCCAAGGCUCGGGGGGACUUGGAAGAAGCCGUGCAGAUGCUGGUAGAGGGCAAGGAAGAGGGGCCUCCAGGCUGGGACGGGCCGAGUCAGGACUUGCCCAGGCGCCUCAGAGGCCCCCAGAAGGAUGACUUGAAGUCAUUCAUCCUUCAGAAGUACAUGAUGGUGGACAGGGCAGAGGACCAGAAGACUCACCGACCUAUGGCUCCCAAGGAGGCCCCCAAGAAGCUGAUCCGAUACAUUGACAACCAAGUAGUGAGCACCAAAGGAGAGCGAUUCAAAGAUGUACGGAACCCUGAGGCUGAAGAGAUGAAGGCCACGUACAUCAACCUCAAGCCAGCCAGAAAGUACCGCUUCCACUGAGGCAGUGGCUGGAUGCGGCUGAGCACUGCGGAUCCCAGAGGGAUGCAGAAACCCUCCCGUCCGCCCCGCCCCUUCCAUGCCCUUGCUCUAGUGUUCUAUUGUUCCUUGGAGCUUCUUUCGAGAGCACAGUAAAGGUGGUCCAAGGAAGA